AUGCCUGAGGAUUGCUACCUUUGCCCAGUACGCGCUCUUGCCGAGUGGCUCAGUGUUAGCAACAUCUCAGAGGGCUAUCUUUUCCGACCCUUUCAUAACGGUGAUCAGGUCAUUGCAGUCGACAAGCCAAUGACAUAUAAGGCUUUUGACGAGUACUUCAACAAUUCCCUCGUUGACAUAGGUGUUUCUCCUCGCCCCUAUGGGACACACUCCUUCCGACGGGGAGGAGUUCAGUUCUUAGCCAGUGAGCGCAGAUGGAGAUUGCUCACCAUAUGCACAUGGGGAGGCUGGCAAAAGGACUUCAAUUCCAACACUAUAGUGCGGUACCUCAUGUCUUGGAACGACGAUCCUAUAGAUACACGAGAGCAACUGACGAAUCCCAAUCGUGCAAUGACUGUACGCUGCCCUCGAUGUAACCGUAAUUGCCAUUGUGCUUGA